AACUGACCCAUCUAUCUUCCCGCGAGAUCUGGAGGGAAGCGAGACCCGGAGGGCGGCCAGGCAAUUGUUCUCGCGAGAUUUGGGAGGGUCGGGGUAGGCUGCGGUGACGCUGCCCUCCCGGCCCGAGGCUCGGCGUUGCCGGCGGGCGAUGCCGGGCGAGCGGGCGGUGUACGUGCCUUGGCCUCCUCGCCGCCGACCGCUGGAUGCCGAGAGCAGCGGGGUUGCCGGGCGCCUUUCCGCGGCCCGAUGGACGACUCCUCCCCGCAGCUCCGCGCGGGAACCCGCCAAGACAGGUGGUGUCCAGGAGAAAGAUGUCUCGCUCCUUCUUCAGAUAAUGAAAAGCUUUGUGAAGCAAGCAUAAAGUCUAUCACUGUGGACGAAAAUGGGAAGCCAUGUGCAGUUGUCCUGUAUCCAGAUUUUCAAGAAAAGAAAAUACCUCUUCAAAGACUCCAAGAAGUAAAAUCAACUAAAGAUUGCUCCAGGAGUUUUAUAUUUGAUGAUGAAGAUUUAGAAAAGCCUUAUUUCCCAGAUCGAAAGAUUCCAUCAUUGGCUAAUGCUUUUAAAUUAUCUGAAGAUGGAGACUCCAUUCCUUACACCAUUAAUAGGUACUUGCGAGAUUACCAAAGAGAAGGGGCUCAGUUUCUCUACAGACACUACAUUCAGGGAAGAGGGUGUAUUCUUGGCGAUGACAUGGGACUUGGAAAAACAAUACAGGUUAUUUCAUUUCUGGCUGCAGUUUUGCAUAAAAAGGGAACUCGUGAAGAUAUUGAAAAUAACAUGCCAGAGUUCUUACUAAAAAGCAUGAAAAAGGAACCCUCUUCUACAGCCCAAAAGAUGUUCUUAAUAGUUGCUCCUCUUUCUGUCCUCUACAACUGGAAGGAUGAAUUGGAUACCUGGGGAUAUUUCAGAGUCACUGUUUUACAUGGUAGCAAAAAGGACAAUGGACUACUUCGUUUAAAGCAAAGGAAAUGUGAAAUUGCUCUGACAACCUAUGAAACUCUGCGCUUGUGUCUGGAGGAACUCAACAGUUUGGAAUGGUCAGCUGUCAUUGUAGAUGAAGCUCAUAGAAUCAAGAAUCCAAAAGCACGAGUUACAGAAGUCAUGAAGGCUAUAAAAUGCAAGGUCCGCAUUGGCCUCACUGGCACCAUCCUUCAAAACAACAUGAAGGAGCUGUGGUGUGUUAUGGACUGGGCUGUGCCAGGACUUUUAGGUAGCAAGAGCUACUUCAAGAAGCAGUUUUCUGACCCAGUGGAACAUGGUCAGAGACACACAGCAACAAAAAGAGAGCUUGCUACUGGCCGAAAAGCUAUGCACAGGCUUGCAAAAAAGAUGUCUGACUGUUUUCUGAGGCGCACCAAGACCCUUAUCAAGGGUCAGUUGCCUAAGAAAGAAGACCGGAUGGUGUAUUGUUCUUUGACAGAGUUCCAGAAAGCUGUCUAUCAAACAGUGUUAGAAACAGAGGAUGUGGCUUUGAUCCUUCAGUCCGCUCAGCCUUGUACCUGUGGCAGUGGCCGGAAAAGGAGAAAUUGCUGUUACAAGACUAAUUCACGGGGUGACAAAGUGAGAACUUUGUGUCUUAGUUACCUGACAGUGCUACAGAAAGUAGCUAACCACGUUGCACUGCUGCAGACUGCCAGCACCUCAAAGUACCAGGAAACACUUAUCAAGAGGCUAUGUGAUCAGGUAUUUUCCAGAUUCCCAGAUUUUGUGCAGAAAAGCAAAGAUGCAGCCUUUGAAACACUUUCUGAUCCCAAAUAUAGUGGGAAAAUGAAGGUUCUCCAGCAGCUUUUAAAUCACUUUCGGAAACAGAGAGAUAAGGUUCUUCUCUUCUCCUUUUCCACCAAGCUGCUUGAUGUGCUGCAGCAAUACUGUAUGGCUUCUGGCCUCGAUUUCCGGCGACUUGAUGGAAGCACAAAAUCAGAGGAAAGACUCAAGAUUGUGAAAGAGUUCAACAGUACAAAAGAUGUGAACAUUUGCCUUGUCUCCACGAUGGCUGGUGGACUAGGUCUCAAUUUUGUUGGUGCCAAUGUUGUUAUAUUAUUUGAUCCAACUUGGAAUCCAGCCAAUGAUCUUCAAGCUAUUGACAGAGCGUAUAGGAUUGGUCAGUGUAGAGAUGUUAAAGUACUUAGGCUGAUAUCCUUGGGGACAGUGGAGGAGAUCAUGUACUUACGACAGGUCUACAAGCAGCAACUUCACUGUGUAGUGGUUGGAAGUGAAAAUGCCAAGCGAUACUUUGAAGCAGUACAAGGAUCAAAAGAACAUCGAGGCGAGCUCUUUGGUGUUCACAACCUCUUCAAACUAAGGGCCCAAGGGUCAUGCCUUACGAGAGACAUCUUGGAGAGAGAAGGUCAAGUGGAAGCUGGCAUCAUGACAGCCACAACAUGGCUGGAAGGGGGACCUUCAGCACAGGAACUAGACACACCUAGAGACCCUGACUGUCAAGAAUCCACAGAUGUUUGUGAGCUCUACAGUGACGUCAGUGAUGAUGAGUCAGUAGGCCAUUCCCUUGGAAAGACUGCUGAACACAAGACUGCUGGCUCUAGUAGAACUCCAGGCUCCUUAGCACAGCUCACUUUGCUACAGUGUGGAUUCUCUAAAUUGUUUGAGGCAAAUUGUAAGUCAGUACAGGAUGGCAAUGGAAACGCUGCCUCCAGUGAUGAAAGUUCUGAUGAACAGCCCACAUGCCUGUCACCAGAGGCCAAACAGACUGCUUGUCAGAAAACUCGGGACUCUGUUUGUACUUCAGAACAUCGGAAAUCAGAGAACAUCCAAAAUCCUAAUGGAAAAUGUGGUUUUGAUAAAAGUAAGAAGACUUUAGAACAGAACGUUUCUUCCGAGUCUGAUGAUGAGAAAAAGUGUCACAGUACAGCUGGACUUCAUGGCAUGGGACAGAAUGACACAGAGUCAGAAGACAGUGAUGUCAUCUUACCCACACAGUAUCCAGCUCAUAACAACCGUGUACGCUUUAAGCUGCUGUUAGGUGGAUCCGAAGAUUCUGAAACAGGAAACCCUGUGAAAAUUAAUUGUAUUGAUGGUAGACAGAACAAUGGCAGAGGAAAUGAACCAGUUUCAAAACCCUUGAGUCCUGAGAACAUGACCUUGAAACCUGUUAGGAAAAGAAAAUGCACAGAUAAUAUUAGUGAUGAAUCUGAUGACAUCGAUAUGUUCCCCAAGUCAAGCAUAAGAAAGCUUAAGAGAAAGAAGAAAAACAGGAGGGAGCUUUAUAAGACUCCUACAGCAACAAAAGAUCCAAAACAAGUGUGGGCAGCAGAUGGGGAUUGUAGCUCUCAGGUCAUUGAUGAGUUUUCAUCCUCAGAUGACAGUUUGUCUGUCAGCCACUUGAGUUUCUCUAAACUAAGUCACAGGGCAGAAACUGUAAAAGAUGAAAUCAGUUUGUUCCCCAAGCUUCCUGGCACGGAUAAGAAAAAUAGCACUUUUAUGCCAAGGAAACCAGCAAGCUUUUUAAGUGAAAGAGUUGCCAGUCAAGAGCAGAUGUGUGACUCAAUGGAUAAAAUAUUAGGUGGUGUUCAGGAAGUGGCGUAUAUCCACUCCAAUCAGAAUGUGAUCGGAUCAAGCAGAGCUGAGAACCACAUGAGCCGAUGGGCAACACGUGAUGUAUUUGAGUUGAAACAGUUUUCCCAGCUCCCUGCUAAUGUAGCUGUUUGCAGUUCUAAGACAUACAGAGAUAAGAUGGACGCACACACAGUAACAGAGAAAGAUCAGCCACCAAGUGAAGGGAGCAUUUCCUCUCCUCUGUGCGUAUCCCACCCUGUAAGCCAGAAAAAGAAAGAUGUCUACCGUACUAAUCAGACUACCUUCAUCAUUGGAGAAACACCAAAAGGAAUUCGCAGAAAGCAGUUUGAAGAAAUGGCCUCUUACUACAAGUUACCGGUGCAGGAGUUUGCUAGACAAGUAAUCAGCACCACAUCUGAAGAGCGGCAGAGAAUGCUCAGGGACUUCUACAGUUUUCAGCACCCAGAGGUGAAGGGGUUCUUUGUGAAUUCUGCUUCGGAGUUGAUCAGACGUGUUCAUAAGGAAAAAGAGAGAGUCAAGAAUAAAGCCAAAGAAAAAGAAUCUCUUUUGGAAGAAAGGCCCUCAAAUGAUAAUACUUUGUCAUGCAAUGAUUCUGCCAACAAAAUGUCUCAAGCUUACAACCCAAAACUAUGUAAAGGAAAGUCAGUCAGAUUUCAUAAUCACGGUUCCCAUGAAGAAGAGACAUUUUCUAGUGUUGCAAAAAUUAAGAAACCCUCUGUCAGCUUCACUCAAGAGAUUGAUGACCACAUACCCAAGAGCACCAUGACACUCUUCUGUCCAAACAGCAAGUCUGAAACCCCGGAGACAGAGCUAGAAAAUUCUCCAGGACACCAGCAGGACCUCACAGGAGCAUGCAGCUCAAGAAACAGACCGCUUUCCAAGCUGGGAAACACAGGGGUAGAAAACCCAGUGUCAGAACGCACUCCCGUGGAAGGCUUGCUUGGUGACACCUCUAUUCUUAAUGACCUCUUUAAGAACCAUGGGGAAGGUCCCACACAGCUGCCAAAAGAGGUUCUUUCAGGGCCUGUGGCCAAAGCAAGGCAGAGACCGAAAGAUUUCUGGGACAUCUUGAAUGAGCAGAACGAUGACAGCCUCAGCAAACUCACUGACUUGGCAGUGAUCGAGACUCUGUGUACAAAAGCACCCCUCUCCACAGCCUCCAAAAGGAAAGACGAGCUGGAGGCUUCCCUGUGGAAAGCAAAUGAGAAGUUUCUGUGGAAGACAUUUAACUCUGAUGCUGGUGAAAGCACGGCCAGUGCAGAGAGAGAGUAGAACAUGGAUGUGCCAUUAAGUUAAUAUAUUGGUGAGCUGCCAGCCCUGUUCAUGGUACUGUUGUUUGAAGAUGUGCUUAUUAAAGUAUUGCUUUAGUGUAAUUUUAAGAGUCUAAAAUGUUGUCAUGGGUUUUCUUUCCUUAAUAUACGUUUUAGUCAUUAAUGCCCAAUUUAUACAGUUCUGGAGAUGAAGUCCAGGACUUCAUAUAUGCCAGCAGGCACUCCAGCCAACUCAGCUACAUCUCCUGCCCCUGAUUCAGUCUUUGAACAAGUGUGAUUAUGUCCUUUUGGAAGCCCCUGUGAUCCAUAUGAUGCUGUGGCCUCACAUGAGUGACUUGCACUGUGUUUCCCCGCUCCUCAUCUGAAAGCUCACAGGAUUGAGCCCGAUUAACCUAACUAACCUUCCACUUUUGAACUCUUCCAGAAUGUCCCAAAUCAAGUGGCAGUCACUGCACUCUCCUCACUGGCAAUGGAAAGUUAUUUUUUUUCCUUCUUCCUUGGGAUUAUGUUCUAGUAGUAUUGAAUUGUUUUAGAUAAAAGUUGUAAUUAGGGAUGAAUAUAUGUAAUAUGUUAAAACGGUAAGUUUAUAACCACUCAGAGUCGUGUGUAAGUUUGUGAGCUGUGGUGCUAGAGUAAUGGGAUUGUUACCGUUGGCCAGAGUACCGAACAAAGCCUUAACUUUUCCUAUUACUUUGAUUUAGUAAAUAUAAAUAAAGCUUUGUAUUUUAA